AUGGGCCGGAUCUUGGCAGAGGCGUCGUUCAACGGCCAUGGCUCCGCCAUGUCCUCGGAGCUUGGACUCUUCUUCUUGUGCGUGGCUGCCGCUGUCAUGGCCGUUGUUAUCUUCAACUGCGGUCGCAGCAACAAGAGGCGGACUACGGCGAAGAAGAACGGCGUAGCCUACUACGGCGGGGGUGCUCCGGUUUAUACUCCUCCCGCUGCUAUCAAAAGCAGUGGCUCCGCCGCCAAAGUUGCAGUAGGUGCAGCGGUGGGAGUUGUCGCCGGUGUGGCUGUCGCUGAAGCCCUCAGCAGCGAUGGUGGAGACGGUGGAGGCGGAGGUGGUGGAGAUGGAGGUGGAUGUGGCUGUUGCGGUGGCUGCGGUGGCGGUGGCGGCUGCGGUGGCGGUGGUGGUUGCGGUGGCUGUGGUGGCGGUGGCUGUGGUGGUUGA